AUGACACCCAACAUCGACACCCUCCCUGCAGAGAUUAUCGAAGCCAUUAUCUCCCGUCUGGAUGAUGGCGACGUUAUGAAACUGAGCACAAUCUGCAAAGCACUGAGAGCACGCACAGCACAUCGAGUCUUCCAUACCAUCCGAUUCUCCAACGACCCACGCAUUGGAGACGCUGCGCUGGCGGCAGGACGUUUAAAAGUGUCGGCUGCAGUGACACUUGAAGAGGUCGCCGCCGCCUUUGAGACAUUGAAGAGCUCGGCUGGCACCGCUCCGGCGCCGCCAGACCUCGAUGCCGCGAGCAAUUCCGAUGGCGAAGUUACCCAACCGCUAGCCAACCCUGCGCCUGACCAUGAGCUUCUCGCGGGCCAGUUCGAGACCCUAAGCGCCCUAGAAGACGAGCUAUACGACUACGCCGCACGCGCCGGCUUCAGCAUCUACCGCCUGCGCUCAUCGAAUAAGUUGAAGGAGUUUGGGUACACCAGGGUCGACUACAGCUGCGCCCAAAGCAAGAUACAGUCCUCCAUGGCCAAGUCUCGAUCAACAAGCACCAUCAAGCGGGAUUGCAGCUGGCAAGCUACGGCCAAGGCACUGGCAGGCAACGGCCGUCGCUGGACCCUCGAGAUUCGGCCUGGGUUUGAGGCGCACAACCACGAAGUCGGCGUCAUCAAGAGACGCUUCACUCAGGAGCAGAAAGACUAUAUUGCUACCUUUGGAGACCGCCCUGCCAUAAGCAACCGAGAGUUGGCCGAGGGCCUUCGAGAACGGUUCCCUGGCAUCAUCUUCACGCGCCGCCAGCUCAUGGACCAAGUUGACGCCCAACGCCGCAAGAUUGGCGCUCCUGCCCCUGAGACCACCAUCACGGACUACGAUACAGCUAUGAAGAAUGCCGUGCAGCGCGUGUACCCUCUCGCCACGCCUCAGAUUUGUAUCUUCCACGUCAACAAGAACGUAGUGUUGAACAUCAAGAGAAAGUGGGAUAAGAAGGCGGCCGAGGCGGUACGCCGCGAACACGUUGCUGCCCAGCUUCGGGCCAGCACCCAGGGUACGCAAGGGGGUGACACUGAUGAUCACCAGCCUACCCAGGGCACACUGGGCGACCCUAUUCGCGGCGAUCCCGCUGCGGAACAGCCUCGAGGCAGCCAAUUGCGCGAGGAGGGCCUUGACGACGAAGAUAUGGCUGUUGUGAGACGGCUGAAUCGUAUCGCAAUUGAUCCGCACCAGCCAGGGGCUACCCCAGCCGAUCCAGCGCAAGUUGAGCACUCGAUGGCUGGCAUUUACGAGCUCUGGGGUCAUGUUUUGUAUGCCAUAGACCUAGAUGGCUUCAAUACGGCUUGGGAGCGCCUCAAGGCCUUCUUUUCCGAGCAAACGGCGAUCAUCGAGUAUCUUCAACAGACCUAUAUGGUGAUAGCUCCUGAGUGGGCUACCUGCUACGUCAACAAGCGCCGCAACUAUGGCCAACGCACCACAUCGCCAGUUGAAUCGGUUAACCGGUAUAUCAAGAGCUACGUGGUCAAUGGCAACAGUACCGUGCUGCAGGUGGUUGAACAGAGCAUCAAGAUGGUCGAUUCGAUGGCUGAACAGAUCAAAGACGAGCGAAACAAGCAGCAAACCUCGAUCCGGCGCGAGUAUCUUGGCAAGGCGUGGCUUGGCACUGCCCCCUAUCACAUCGCCAUCAAAGCCUUGAAGAUGGUUGAGCAGCAGUACCGGUUGAUGCUUCCUGCUGUGCCUACGCCAGCGAAGCCGAACCCAGCGCCUUUGCCCGCCUGUACUAACAAAUUUACUGCGCAAUGGGGGAUUCCCUGCUCACACAGGCUUCUUCAGAAGCACCAGGGCGGGCAAUUACAGCUCGUGAAGCUGGACUUCGACCCCUUCUAG